GGGCCGAGCGGCGGGCGGGGCGCGGCGCGGCGGGGCUGGGGCGCGCGGCUCCGGCCCGCCGGCACCAUGGUGCAGAAGUCGCGCAACGGCGGCGUGUACCCCGGCCCGGGCGGCGAGAAGAAGCUCAAGGUGGGCUUCGUGGGGCUGGACGCGGGCGCCGCCGAGUCCACGCGCGACGGCGCGCUGCUGAUCGCGGGCUCCGAGGCGCCCAAGCGCGGCAGCAUCCUCAGCAAGCCGCGCGCGUCCGCGGGCGCGGGCAAGGCCCCCAAGCGCAACGCCGUGUACCGCAGGCUGCAGAAUUUCCUCUACAACGUGCUGGAGCGGCCGCGCGGCUGGGCCUUCAUCUACCACGCCUACGUGUUCCUGCUGGUCUUCUCCUGCCUCGUGCUGUCGGUGUUUUCCACCAUCAAAGAGUACGAGAAGAGCUCGGAGGGUGCCCUCUACAUCCUGGAGAUCGUCACCAUCGUGGUGUUCGGGGUGGAGUACUUCGUGCGCAUCUGGGCCGCGGGCUGCUGCUGCCGGUACCGGGGCUGGAGGGGGCGGCUCAAGUUCGCCCGGAAGCCCUUCUGCGUGAUUGACAUCAUGGUUCUCAUCGCCUCCAUCGCCGUGCUGGCCGCGGGCUCCCAGGGCAACGUCUUCGCCACCUCGGCGCUGCGCAGCCUCCGCUUCCUCCAGAUCCUGCGCAUGAUCCGCAUGGACCGGCGCGGCGGCACCUGGAAGCUCCUGGGCUCGGUGGUGUACGCGCACAGCAAGGAACUGGUCACUGCCUGGUACAUUGGCUUCCUCUGCCUCAUCCUGGCCUCGUUCCUGGUGUACCUGGCCGAGAAGGGCGAGAACGACCACUUCGACACCUACGCGGACGCGCUCUGGUGGGGCCUGAUCACCCUGACGACCAUUGGCUACGGGGACAAGUACCCCCAGACCUGGAACGGGAGGCUGCUGGCCGCCACCUUCACCCUCAUCGGCGUCUCCUUCUUCGCCCUGCCCGCGGGUAUUCUGGGCUCCGGCUUUGCCCUGAAGGUGCAGGAGCAGCACCGGCAGAAGCACUUCGAGAAGAGACGGAACCCUGCGGCAGGCCUGAUCCAGUCGGCCUGGAGGUUCUAUGCCACCAAUCUGUCGCGCACUGACUUGCACUCCACGUGGCAGUACUACGAGCGCACGGUGACGGUGCCCAUGUACAGCUCGCAACCUCAAACCUACGGGGCGUCCAGACUGAUUCCUCCGCUCAACCAGCUGGAGCUGCUCCGGAACCUCAAGAGCAAGUCUGGACUCGCCUUCAGGAAGGAGCCACAGCCGGAGCCUUCCCCAAGUCCAGGCAGGCCGUGCAGAGAGUCCCUGUGUGGAUGCUGCCCUGGACACUCUAGCCAGAAGGUCAGUUUGAAAGACCGUGUCUUCUCCAGCCCCCGCGGCGUGGCUGCCAAGGGGAAGGGGUCCCCGCAGGCCCCGACCGUGCGGCGCUCGCCCAGCGCGGACCCCAGCCUGGAGGACAGUCCCAGCAAGGUGCCCAAGAGCUGGAGCUUCGGAGACCGCAGCCGAGCACGUCAGGCCUUUCGCAUCAAGGGUGCCGCCUCCCGCCAGAACUCGGAAGAAGCCAGUCUCCCUGGGGAGGACGUCGUGGAUGACAAGAGCUGUAACUGCGAGUUUAUGACGGAGGACUUGACCCCGGGCCUCAAAGUCAGCAUCCGGGCCGUGUGCGUCAUGCGCUUCCUGGUGUCUAAGAGGAAGUUCAAGGAGAGUCUGCGCCCCUACGACGUGAUGGACGUGAUCGAGCAGUACUCAGCUGGCCACUUGGACAUGCUGGCCCGCAUCAAAAACCUGCAGUCCAGGAUAGAUAUGAUUGUGGGCCCCCCACCCCCUUCAACUCCCCGGCACAAGAAGUACCCCACCAAAGGACCCACGGCCCCUCCGAGAGAGUCGCCCCAGUAUUCUCCUAGAGUGGACCAGAUUGUGGGUCGGGGGCCAGCCAUCACCGACAAGGACCGCACCAAGGGCCCGGCUGAAGCGGAGCUGCCUGAGGAUCCCAGCAUGAUGGGCCGGCUGGGGAAGGUGGAGAAGCAGGUCUUGUCCAUGGAGAAGAAGCUGGAUUUCUUGGUGAACAUCUACAUGCAGCGCUCGGGGAUCCCCCCAACGGAGACCGAGGCCUAUUUCGGGCCCAAGGAGCCGGAGCCCGCGCCCCCCUACCACAGCCCCGAGGACAGCCGUGACCAUGGUGGCAGGAACGGCUGCAUCGUCAAGCUCGUGCGCUCCACAAGCUCCGGAGGCCAGAAGAACUUCUCGGCGCCCCCUGCCCAGUGCCCCCCGUCCACCUCGUGGCAGCACUGCCACGCCCGCCAGGGCCCUGGCACCUCGCCCGUGGGUGACCCCGGCUCACUGGUGCGCAUCCCGCCCCCGCCCGCCCACGAGCGCUCUCUGUCUGCAUACAGCGCGGGCGCCCGGGCCAGCGCCGAGUUCCUGCGGCACGAGGAGGCCACGGGCAGCAGGGCCCCCGAGGCUGGCCUGCGGGGCAGUGACACGUCCAUCUCCAUCCCGUCUGUGGACCACGAGGAGCUGGAGCGCUCCUUCAGUGGCUUCAGCAUCUCCCAGUCCAAGGAGAACCUGGACGCACUGGCCGGUGGGUACGCGGCAGUGGCGCCCUGCGCCAAGGUGCGUCCCUACAUCGCCGAGGGCGAGUCCGACACCGACUCAGACCUGUGCACGCCCUGCGGGCCCCCGCCACGCUCUGCCACAGGGGACGGUCCCUUUGGGGACGUGGGCUGGGCCCGGAAAUGAGGCAGUUUCUCCAGCUGCCCCUGAGUUUCCGUGAGGACCCACUGGGCCGUUUUCCCGGUGACAAGGAUGGACUGUUGGGGU